AUGAAUGGGUUACGGGCCUACGAACCUCGGCUUCGAACCUUUUUGGCCGUUUUCCACGAGCGUGAAGAUGCCUUUAUGCAGGAAGGCAGGCUUGAUGAGAACCACAGACUCUCGCUGCCUAUGCGGGAAAGCUGGGAGAGUGGCGAUUUCUGGGUCGUGUAUGCUGCGAGCAAGAGUUUUGCUUUUUAUGCGGUAUUUUGGAAGUAUUUGGAUACGCGCUUUUCUGGGCCUGCAGCUGAAUUAGAUGGGGAUGAGUGGGAGAGGAGGACUGGGUUGCUGGAUGAGGAGGAGGUUAUGGAAAUUGACAGCUUUAUCGACCAGAAAGUUGAUGAAUUGAAAAACUCCGGUCUUGGCAUGGGAACCUGGCUAAGUUAA